UUUUCUUCUGUGCAGCAGCUGCACUUCUACCAAGUAAAGUCUAGGAAAGGAAAAUUUUUCAACAAAACAUGGACCCACUUCUGCAAAUGCCAUUACUUCGCUUUCAAGACCAAUCAACUUUCUCUCCAGAUUGUAGUUGGAGUGACCAACUUUAUCUUCUUCAACCAUUAAACCACCAUUGCUGAUUGCCUCUCUCUCUUACCAGUGAAGAUAACACAAGUUCAACUUCUCUGAUGGAACCUUAAACUAUUGUUACAGACAUGGGCAAUUGUGUUCCAGCUCAGAAAAGCACCCCCAAUUCUCAAGGGAACUGCGUCCGAAUUGAAUCACCUAUUAAAGAAGACAAAGUCAAUGGAGGUCUCUCCAUGAUAGAACUCAACUCCAAUCUGCAAGCCUCCUCUCCAAUGCCUUGUGAAGGGAGUGUUCGAGAAUUGGGUAAGAGCCAGGAAAUGUUUUUCGAUUCUCAGCCCUGUCUAGAAUCUGAUAUUGAAGAUUUCAUCAGUGUCAAUGGUGAUUUUACCCCAUUGGGAAGCAUUUCCCCACUUUACCACAACAGCUUUAUAAAAAAUGCUGAGUACGAUGAAUCUCUUUACAUUGGCAGUGCUGAAAAUUCAAUGCCUGAAACCUCUUCAACUGAUACGAGGAAGCAACUAAUCGAGUUCUUUCGCGAGAGCUUCAAUGGUGAUGUUGAUAACAAUCAAAACUUACAAGACAUGACAGAAACCAAGCCUAUGGCCUUCUACCUUUCUUCAAAAUGCAUAAACAUAAGUCCUUAUGAAUCGGUGAAUAGCUUUAUUUGCAGUAAUGGAACAACUCCAGGUGGGUAUCCCAUCCACACAAAAGAGAAAACAGCACAUUCUGCUUGCCUUCCAAAUUUGAUGCGAAGCCUCAGCUUUAGGGAAAGGAAGAAGAGGCUUAGCCCUGCAUACAGUGGUACUCAUUAGUCAAUAACCAAUCUUUUCAUUUGUUGUACAAAGCCCCGUGUAAGCAUAUUCCUGGUCAGCUGACUUGUUUUUCCUUUGCCUGCCGAUAUUCAUGAAGUGAUCUUUGCUUACA